AAAUAUCGCCAUUUGGGAAGUUUGUUCAUAGCGGCUUUCCGUAGGUAAAUAUCUCCAUUUGGGAAGUUUGUCCAGUCUGGUUUUCCGUAGGUAGCUGCCGGGAUGAAUCGGGAAGUUUGAGGGUGGAACAACGGAAUGUCUUUUCGGUGUAGUUAACUCGUUAGCAGAAUAACUAUAAUAUUGCUUUAUUCGUCAGGGUCUACCGGUUUGCGGUUAUAUGACAAAUUUCAACGAUUCGUGUUGUUUGUCAGCAUUGAACUGUUAUAAUCACCAUCGUUUUCCAUCAGAUACGUAGCUAGUUAGCUGACGUUGUUUAAUAAAUGUUCUGACAUCAUUUGCACGAAGGUGAUUGCUGAACAUUAGUAGACUUUUCGGUGAUGGAGGGGUUUUGCAGCAAAGAGGCAAAAUGCCAUAGUUAAAUACAACAGAAGUCCACAUGUAGAUAGCUAAGUGGUGAUUUCAAAAUUUAUGUACUGCAGCCCUCACGCAGAGCAUCUGUAAGGAGGGAACUCCGUCUGUAUAUAUUAAUAAGUAACACCGAGAUGUCGGAGACCAUCCUGACGUUCCAGGCGCAGCUAUCCGGCGUCAUGGAGACGGUCUUCAAAGCAGCCAUGUACGAAAUCGUUAGGCUUGUGGAGGACAGCUUCCUGGAAGAGGUGUCCCGGAGCAGGGAGCAGGUGGAGACCCUGAAGAAGCGCCUGCAGUGGUCCGAGAGCAAGCGCAAGGAGCGCGAGGCAUCCGGGAGGGCGAGGUGUGCCGAGUGCGGCCGAGCUGGGGCCGAAGCUGACGGUGGCCAGACGGAGGACAGAUCGCCGGGACCCGCUCAUGGGGUGACGGAGGGCCGCGGCCUAAAGCAGGAAGGAGCUCAGGAGAUCAAGUGGGCUGGCUGUCCCAGUCAGGAUGUGGAGCCUCUGACGAAGGUCCUGGACCAGGAGGCGGUGCUGGGCACUGACAAGUUAUCAGCGGCCAUACAUGUAGAAGGGGAUAAGCUGAAAAAGGAGGCUUUCCAGCUGGCUGCAGGAAGCCCCAGGGGCCCAGAACGAUGGCCUGUUUCCUUGCAGGCAGAGGAAGGUGACCCUGCUCACCUGCACGUGGAUUUUGGUGAGCAGCAAGCGCAGUGCUCUGCUGAGGACUGGGCCCCCAGCUCGGGGCAGGCCAGCCAGCAGCCCCUGAAGGGGCACCUGCCCUACGGAGCCAGCUUCGACACGGAGGCGAUUUGUGGAUUGGAGGACGCCCUCAGGACAGAGGCCAAGGCACCGUGCUUCACCCCGGUGUUCGAUGUCAGAGAGCUGGGCAGCCAGGCUCUGCAUGACGCCUUCGGGGCUCCGGCUCGCAUGCAGACAGAGCUGGAAGCCGUCAGGGUGGAGGAGCGAGCCCCUGUUCUCCCCGGCCCGCUGCGGAGCAGGAGGGCGGCCUGCAGCAAUCAGCAGGGCGCCCCUUCACUGUCUCCCCAUCACGAUGUGGAUGUUGGAGAACUGAACUACCUCCUGAUCAAUGAGGACGGCUACCUGCAAGAUGCAGGAGAUGGGUUCUGGGGACAGGGCGAGUUGGGGCCAGCGGAUGGAGGAGAACGCUUGCAGAAGAAGCUUCAUGACCAGGCUCAGAUGGCAGUCGACAGAAGCGGCGAGCUGAAUUCAGAGAGGCUUCACGCAGCCCCGACAGGUGUCAGGGAGAGGCCUCGCAGCUGCGCUCAGUGUCGUGUCAGUUUCCCUGACUCGGCCUCCCUGAAGGCGCACAUGAGCACUCACAAAGCGGGCGCUGCCUACACCUGCACACAGUGUGGGAAGAGCUUCACGCAAGCCUGCAACCUGAAAGUGCAUCAACGGAUUCACUCGCGAGACGGCCUUCACCUCUGCAGCCAUUGUGGGAAAGGCUUUGUGGCAUUUUCAGACCUCAAGAAGCACAAGUGCAGCCACGCAGGAGACAAGCCCUACUGCUGCAUGCUCUGUGGGAAUAAGUUCAGCCGACUGUGGAACCUCAAGCUGCACCGGCGGAUUCAUACGCAGGAGAAACCCCACCGAUGCACUCAGUGCGAGAAGAGCUUCACUCGUGCCGACAUCCUGAAAGUUCACCAGCGCACUCACACCGGCGAGCGGCCGUACUGCUGUACACUCUGUGGACUGAGCUUCAAGAGGCUGGACCACCUUAAAUCGCACCAGCGGAAACACAAACCGCAGCAGACCCAUGCUUUUGCACACUGGUUUUGUUUUAUUUUUAAUUUUCAAGUCAGAGUUUUUCCUACCAGAAUAUUAUAUUUUAUGAGCGAAGGUCCGCCCCCCUGUGACACAGAAGCUGUGCCGAAGAAUUGGAAAAGUAGAAUAAGUACCGAGAUGUCGGAGGCCAUCCUGGCGUUCCAGGCGCAGCUAUCCGGCGUCAUGGAGACGGUCUUCAAGGCAGCCAUGUACGAGAUCGUCAGGCUUGUGGAGGACAGUUUCCUGGAAGAGGUGUCCCGGAGCAGGGAGCAGGUGGAGACCCUGAAGAAGCGCCUGCAGUGGUCCGAGAGCAAGCGCAAGGAGCGCGAGGCAUCUGGCAGGGCGAAAUGUGCCGAGUGCGGCCGAGCUGGGGCCGAAGCUGACUGGGGGCAGACGGAGGACAGAUCGCCGGGACCCGCUCAUGGGGUGACGGAGGGCCGCGGCCUAAAGCAGGAAGGAGCUCAGGAGAUCAAGUGGGCUGGCUGUCCCAGGGAGGAUGUGGGGCCUCUGACGAAGGUCCUCGAUGAGGAGGUGCCGCCAGGCACUGACAAUUCACUGGAGGAAGCAGCAUUCCUGAGCAGCAGGAGAGACCAAGCCCUCAAAGAGGAGCUGCCUGACAAGACCCCGUGCUUAAGGACAACGUCGUAUGGAGUCCAUGAUGACAGCAUUCGUGGGGGAUGCUGUGAGCAGGAAUGGAUGUCGAGCGAGGAUGGAGGUACCCAGCCAUUGGCAGCAGAGCAGCAGGGGAGCAUACAGGCACCACACGAGGGCGUCAUGUAUGAGAGAGGAGCACAGGUGCUCAGCAGCGUUUCAGAGGGCGGCGCCCUGCAGACUGAGCCCCAACUGCAUGCAGAGAGUCUGCCUCCUCUCAGGGCAGUCAAACUGCAGAACGAGCUCAAGGGCCACGUCCCGAUUAAACACGAAGAGCAGACACAGUGCGACUGCACCAAAGAACCUCGGCCAUGCGUGCUGCACGCGCUGGAGGAGCAGCAGCACAAAGAAGAAAAUAUCCACACAGUUCCGGCCCCCCAUGGGCCUUUAACGCAGCAUGGGCACCCCGGUGACUCCUCUGAUGCGGAGGACCCGCCUGGACAGGUCAGGAAGCAACUGCAGGGGGGCGCUGUGUUCCUAGUGUCGGGGAACGUGGAGGCCCGUCGUCAGGCUAACACAGUACAGGGGCAGCUGGGAUCCACUCCCCCGGAGAAACGCUUCACCCCGAUGGUUAAUAAGGCUCAGCUUAAAGCACAGUCAGGGAGGAGUCCUCACAGCUGUGCACAGUGCGGGAAGAGCUUUUCCCACACGUGCCAUCUGAGGGCACACAUGCAGACUCAUACCGGGGAAAGACCCUUCAUCUGCUCCAUGUGUGGAAGGAGCUUCACCAAGCUAAGCAACCUGAAGGCACACCGCAGGGUUCACACCGGCGAGAGGCCCUACGUCUGCAUCGACUGCGGCAAGCGCUUCACGCAGAAGUGCAACCUGAAAAGGCACCAGCGCAUCCAUACAGACAGACUCUUUAGCUGUAAGUAUAGGGUGUGGCGCGCCCACCGUCCCCUGGGCCUGGAUACAUGCGGCAAUACGGGUGUCAGCAUGAGGCUUGGCCAGGCGGGGGCGCUGUACUCUACCCCGGCAUCACAUGAUCUGGACUCCAAGGAUGUCUCCUGGACCGCUUUUAAGCUAGGAGACAGUGAUUCGGAUGCCGACGAACUGGAGUCGUCUCACGUGGCGAUACGAGACGCAGAGAGUCCGUGCGGUCAUACCAAAGAGCCUUGGUCAGCUCCUUCAGAAGGCUCCAGUAAGAUGGGGUCCUCGCUAUACUGUGUAAGUCUGAAAGCGGAGACAGAGCUGUCCAGCUUAGUGCCUGUUAAAGAAGAAGUAGACAUGGCGCCUCUAUGGAGGGAUCAGAUCCAGGCAGAGGUAGCGCACAGGCAGAUCAGGCUGCCGUGUCACAGGGCAGACUUUCAGAUAGACAGGGUUGUUAGCCUGGCUUCUCCACAACAUGUGAUAAAAUCUCAAAAGUUUGACACAAAUUUGGCAGCCAGGCAGCAUGGACCACGAACAGCAAAUACACAGACAGGAGUUAGCAGUGCUGGAAAUACUAAUGGUUCAAAUUCUGAACUAUUAGCGAAAGAUGCUGGCUGCACAAGCGCUCCAAGCUUCAGGGCAUCAAAAAGCAUUCCUAGUGCGCCGUCUGUUUGCUGGAGGGAGAAACCAUUUGUCUGCAGACAGUGUGGGAAGACUUUUACUCGGCUCAAAAACCUGCAGGCUCAUGUGAAACAGCACAGUGGCGUGAGGCCACACAGCUGCACGCAUUGUGGGCGGAGCUUCCUGUAUCUGAGCCGGCUUAAGGUCCACCUGCGUAGCCACACCGGGGAGAGACCGUUUCCCUGCUCGCAGUGUGGGAAGAGCUUCCUCUCUUCUUAUGAUCUUAAAGUGCACCAGCGCAACCAUACGGGGGAAAAACCGUAUAGCUGUGCGCAGUGUGGGAAAGGCUUCACGCGGCUGAGUAUCCUUAAGGAGCAUCGCAGCAUUCACACCAAGGAGCGAUUCAGCUGCACACAGUGUGGGAAGAGAUUCACUCGCUUAAGCAACAUGAAGACCCACCUAAGACAUCACAGUACGAGGAAUCCGUACAGUUGUACGCAGUGUGGGAAAACAUUCCUUUUUUUCUGUCGUCUUCAGAAACACCAGAAAAAAAUACAUGGCCAGCAACAAGCAGUGGAAGAAGGAACUAACAUGUCAGACACAAUCAUAGCAUUUCAGUCCCAGCUCUGUGGGGUGAUGGAGACUGUACUGAAAGCGGCCGUGUGCGAGAUCACCAGGCUGGUGGAGGACAGCUUCCUGGCAGAAGUGGCACAGAGCCGCCGGGAAGCGGAGACUCUGCGGCAGAGGCUGCGGUGGUGCGAGAGCAAACGCAGGGAGCAGGCGGCGGACGGGAAGACGCGGUGCACGGAAUGCGGCAGGGCUGGAGGAGGUGGAGCCCCAGCAGAGUACAGGCCAGCUGCAGCCGGCCAGGAUUUAGUUUGUAUCGCAGGAGCUGAAGAGGCCAGCCUUCUUUAUGCUGACGUGAGGCUGCAUGUGGAGGACUCGAGUUCCAGUGAGAGGAUGAACACACACACACCAUCUGGCAGUGUGACAGAGCAGCAGAGGGGUAUGCAGGAUGCGGGAGAGAGCGGGGAGCAGCAUGGCACACAGGCAGGCCAUGAGGGUGUCAGCAUGAGGCUUGGCCAGGCGGGGGCGCUGCACUCUGCCCCGGCAUCACAUGAUCUGGACUCCAAGGAUGUCUCCUGGACCGCUUUUAAGCUAGGAGACAGCGACUCGGAUGCCGACGGAUUGGAAUCGUCUCAUGUGGUGAGACAAGAUGCAGAGAGUCCGAGGGGACAUACCAAAGAGACUUGGUCAGCUCCUUCAGAAGGCUCCAGUAAGAUGGGGUCCUCGCUACACUGCAUAAGUGUGAAAGCGGAGACAGAGCUGUCCAGCAUAGUGCCUGUUAAAGAAGAAGUAGACAUGGCGCCUCUAUGGAGGGAUCAGAUCCAGUCGGAGACUGUGUGCAGGCAGAUCUCUAGCUUAGCGCUUCCGCAAGAUACCAUGCAGCUAAUCAGCUCCAGUGCUGACAAAGUGGGCAAUGAGAGAUUUCGAUUCAGGCAGCCGCAUGGAGCAUCAGAUAGUCCAGAUAAGGAUGGAUGCCCCCCCCAUAAAAACGGGCAGACGCUGGCAAGCUCAGAGACCCGUACCACUUGCACUGUAGAAAAACCGUUUAGUUGUAUCUGCUGUGGGAAGAGCUUUUCCCGUUUACCGUACCUUAAGGAACACCAGAGGACUCACACUGGCGAAAGACCCUUCAGCUGCGCACAGUGUGGGAGGUGCUUCUCCAAGUUAAGCAAUCUGAAAGCGCACCGUAGGGUUCACACGGGUGAAAGGCCGUACAGCUGCCCCAGCUGCGGCAAAAGGUUUACCCUGAAGAGCAAUCUGAAGAGGCAUCAGAGAAUCCACGCUGCAGACAGACUGUUUUAUAUCUGAAAUGCAGCUGUCCAUUGCAGGCUAACUCACUCUGUAAAAUAGCAUGUAAAUAUGAAAUCAUUAACAAUAAAUAACUUUUUUCAAAUGGU